CUACUUUAUGGCAGUGAAACAUGGCCGGUAAUAGUAGAGGAUAUUCGUAGGUUACUAGUAUUUGACCAUAGGUGUCUUCGAAACAUUGCUCUUAUAUCCUAGAAUCAUGGAGUAAGUAAUGCAAUUGUUAGGAAACGGGUACUAGGUAAGGAUGGUAAAUCAAUUGAUGAAGUGGUGAAACUUCAUCAUUUGAGAUGGCUGGAACAUGGGUUACGUAUGCCCAACCACCGAAUGCCUUGUGAUGUUUUAUGGUGUAGGAGUAGGUUGUAAGAAAGCUAGGGACGAACAGACCAAAACACGGCACAAGUCAAUGAAGUCACAGACAAGUGGAUUGAACCAUGUUUGUAGGUGUAGACUACCUGGUUGGUAUCCGCGAGAUGUUAGCAACCGAUGGUUAGAGACCCUGAAUGACAUGGCUCAAAAUCGUUUGCAAUGGCGUAGGUGCAUGCACUCUGUGUUUUCCCAAAUUCUAAUCUUCUGAAUUCUUCAUGUCCCUUUCUUUUUUCUCAUUCCAAAUUUAUUUCACUGGAUUAUACUCUUUGAAUAACAUCUUCAAACCCUAAUGUUUCCGAUUACUGCUUAUACUUCUACUACCUCUACCACUAUGGGAUUUGAAUCGACAAUUGUAUCUGUGUGCUAAUGUGAUAUGGCAACUUGAACUGAUGUACGUGCGUACGAAGUUCUACGUUGUUGCUGACUGACUGAUACUAUUAAAGCAACAUUAGAAAAGUUUCUAUAAGCAUCAACCAACAGAAUAAUUAUAAGACAUCACAUUAAUAGCUAAAAUAAGCAAUCACAUAAGAAUACGCUUGAUACUGUUUACUCUCUUGACUCCAUUUAUUAUGAUUGUAAAUCAAGACAAGAGCUUUAGUUUGAAGGUAAUUCGUGAUGCGCAGUGAUACCACCUAGCGAAUAGCAUCAAAGGUAACUACGAAGCACUAAUCUUUUUUAAUGUGUUUUAUUGUCUGGGCUAGAUGAUAUUCUCGCGAAAUUUUCUUGACAUCAUCAGCACACAAUUCAAUAAGAAAUGAAUCAUCUGAAUCUCUACACAAUGGACUAGUAGCUUGUUCAUAGAUGUUGUCCAUAUAUGUGUUACAGUUGUUUGCAUAUUUUUGUUUUGAUUGUUUUCACCUCUGAUCUGAUCUUGAACUUCGAUGAUGAUAUUGUCGAGUCAAACCGGACCAGGGAUCGAACUCAUCCUUUUUAAGCCUCACGUCAAAAGUUUAAUCUUCAGAUCACUAAAACCUAACGCUCAGAAUUCAAGUACCCUACAGGUUUUAUCCAUCAUUAUUUUCAAAUAUAUGAGUCAUAUAUUUUUGGCAACGUUUGAACAAUAGUUUCAUCCUAAAAACCACUUCAGUUUAAAAAAUUAUACAUAAAAACAAAAUCUAAAGGUCCUGAAUUAAAUAUUUAUAGUGAAUUAAUGUUAUAACAUUAGUAAUUAGCAAUUUAAUCGUAUGUUCUUAUCCAGGUAACGAAUGAUAAAAUCUAACCUGGUAGUAAAUUUCCCUCAGCUUUUUCGAUGCAAUACGAACUCCAAAUAUUCGAAACAUUUGAAUACAUUAUAAUGUCUAAAUAUUUACUAACGAUCAUUAUUUUAUUUAUAACACAAAUUCUCGGAGUCAAUUAGGGACUGAAAAUCCCUUCACACCAAAUACUCUAAUACACACAAGGUCAGGAAAGUUGCUUUCUCUUUUACAUUUUUCUUAUUCAGUGACACGUUAAUGACCCUUUUCUUAAAAAAUUCAAUCUGAUAAGUGUCUCCAUAUAAGCAAGUGAGUGAAAGCAGUCUUUCAAGGUUUUUUUUAAAAAAACUGUAGACCACUAGUACAUAUGUAUUGCGAUUUCUUGAAACAACCUAUGUCAUAUAUACUAACCUAUUGUGGUCACAAGGCAACAUGGAAUUCGAUUUACUACUAAUAAAUUACUUUUUUUCUACAAUUUACACGACUUAGCGUUCUCAUCUUUUGUAUAAAUUUAUUAGAAUUCUCCAUCAUCUUCUACCAAUGUACAAUCAAUCAAUUGUGAAUGGCGUGAAUCAAUCAAUUGGCCUAGUAAAUCAGAAACACCGAUUGUUCAGUCUAAUAAAAAUCAAUCACCUAAUUUUCAACCAUCUCCUGAUAGCCAAUGUUGGCGUACAAUGACAUCUAUUCAGAGGAAAAAUGAUAACAUGUUACCUCGUCGAUCAUCCUCAAACACAUGUUCAUCAGCUACACAAGAUGAAAUGGAAUCCAGUAUUGAUUCACCAGGAAUUUUUAAUCGAGGUCGAUGUGAUCUUGAAUCCAAUGAUCAAAAUAAAAUAUAUGAGAAAAGUUGUGAGUUUUCAACAAAUGCCUCUAGUUCCGGUGAUGCAGAUGAUGGUGUUGGUGCGAACGAUGAUGAUGGUGAUAAUGAUCACGCUGUGCAUCAAACACCACCGAAUGACGAAGAAAUUGAAUCAAACACUCGUAGUGAUGGGCAUGAUGAUGACGUUGGUGGUGGUGGCGGUGGUUGUGGUGAUAAUGAUGAUGAUGUUGAUGUAGACGAUAACAUGGACAGUGAUCAUGAUAGAACCCUUCCAGGUGAGAAUGAUAAAACUGGCAACCACUUUAAUAAUAACGAUAGUAAUAAUUCAAUGAAAAUAAUGAUGAUACAUCGUUCAUCACAUUCUUAUGUAAAUGAAUCUCAAGAAUUGUUUGCAGUACAUGAAGAACAGGAAAGACGUCGACAACAGCAACAAGAUAAUGAACAUUGUCAUCAUCAUCAGUCAAAUGAAGAUAAACACUUGCCUUUUAAUUACACAAACUCUGGACAAAAAGUAACACCCCAAUUAGUUUUACCACAUUCGUCACAGGAACCAUGUGAUUUCGAGGAAGAUUGUCCUGAUUAUUCUAACCAGAUAAUUCAAGAAACAGGUAAUAUAAAUUCGCAAGAUAUAAUUCAACCACCUUUACCGCCUCCUCCUCCACCACCACCUUAUAAAAUUCCCGAUCAUCUUCAACCAACUGAUGAAUCUUCAUUUUUCAUGAAUAAUCCUUGGAUACCAUCAAAUUAUCAUUUAUAUCCAUAUUCACAAUUACCUCAUCAUCCACCGCAUUUAUUACAUAAUCAUUUUCAUCAAGACAAAUUAUUCCCUGUUAAUAGUCAAUAUGAUGCUAAACGUUUUGUACCUAAUCCUAUUGUUUUGCCUAAAUCACCGGUAUGGCCAGUAUUUGAAAAUCCAAAUAAUCUAUUUUAUAUGAAACAAAAUAAUUAUCCACCAGAAUCAUUAUCUAUGCCUUAUCCAGGUGGUCCCGUAUCAAAACGUGCAAUAUGUCCACAAAAUAAAGAAGAAUUUUCAAGAAUUAUGAAAAAUGAUUUUAUACCACCAUUAACAUCUGUUUCUUCACAAGCGCUUGGAUUUCCAAUCCGCUGGUGUUAUCGUGGUUUGUAUAUGUUGCCUCGUUUCCCAGUAACAUCUGCCACCAGCAAUCAUUUACCAGUAUCAUGUUGUACAGCAACUGCUUUUGUUCUGACAACGACCACAUCUCAUAUUUGCUCUUUGGCAUAUGAAUACAAUGCAUACAAUCGAAAUAAUAAUCAGCAUCAACCUUUAAUCAUGAGCAAUUAUCAAUCAGAAUUACCAUUAGGCAAUGGUCCUGUCAUUGGACAAUUUACAGAGCCUGAAUUAUUUCCUUCUUCUAUGAAAUCGGAAUCCAUUCAUCAAAAUACUAACCAGAUGGAUUUUACCAGUCUACUUAAGGAAAAUCAACAAUUAAAACAACGCCUUAUAGAUAUCAAUGUUAGACUUCAAUAUGUAGAUGAGCUUGAAUGGCACGUACAACAAUUAAGUCAUCUGGUCGAGUCGAUGAUUUUGUCUCAUCAACGUCAGUGUGAAUUAGACUAUCAGUUGCAAAUUUAUUCACCAAUAUCUGCUCCUGUCUGCGACGUUGGCGGUGGUGAUUUUCAGCGCUUCAAAAUACCCCCAAAUUCUUCCUCGUCAUCAUCAUCGCCAUUUGGAUUAAACAACGAUCAUCAAUGUUCUACACACCACUUCCACAAUAUGCCAGCAAAUCCUGGAAGUUUGCCUGUAAUGCCGACAAAUAUGUCAAGUUGUAGGACUCAUCCAUGUACAGCACAAAAUAUAACUAGACGAGUGACACAACCUAAUAUCAUGUCUACACGUUUCUAUGGUCCAUGUGUAAAGCAGACAAUACAAUCGGAAAAAAUUGAGCAACGUAUACCUAUGUUGAAUUCCACUAAGCGUUCUCUACAUCCUCAUUUAGUGGGAUCUAUGGAUCCACGUACCGUUUCUUUAGAUCGUGCAUCACAACCGAGAAAUUCUUGUACAACAUUUCCGAUUAUGGAAUGUAAUUGUAUACGAUGUCCAUUGCAUGAAACAUUCGCAUUACCACAUUCCAAAGAACAUGCAUACGUGAAUACAUUAGCAAAAGAUGGUGUAUUUUCUACACCUAAUGUCUCUAUGAUAAUUCCAAAUAGUCCAUGCUUUUCACCUAAUUAUCGUCGACGUCGUUUUACAAUGCGAGCAACAGCGGCACAAUUUCCUCCUUCAUUUGAUAAUGAAUCUCACUUAUUACCACAUUCCAAUGUACCACCACAGUGUUGUUCCCCACCGCCCCGAUUGCCACCUCCAGUGUCCACUUCAAUUUUUACUUCUAAUAAACCGAUAUCUAAUCCUACUAUUAAGAUAACUGACGAAAAUAAAAUUGCUAAUGUAUCAUCGAAACAUGGUAAUUCAGUGUCAAGGGAUUCAAUUCAACCACCAGCCAAUAUUACAAAUACCAAGCAUAAGAAUACUCGACCGACAGGUCUUAAUUUUAUGACAGAAAAAUCUGAAAUAUUAGAUGAUAGUCAAAUGUUAUUAAAACAUUUAUCACCGAAUAAUGAAUUUCAAUGUGUCAAUGGUUGUACAGUAGUAGUGACUACCACUUGUCAGUUAACUCAUUGUUAUCCAUUAUGUAUUAUAGAUCGUACUCUAACUAUAAAUGAAACAAAUGGUCAUCAUAAUAAAAAUGAAAAUCAAACGGAUGUUGAUGUUAUGAUAACGAAUAAUGAUAAUAAUACCUCAACAAUAGUCACGUUAACAUCUAUAACAUCGACGACCAUCAUGACAACAACAUCAGCAACCACAUGUGCUUCUGUAAGUUCUAUUUCAACUAAUCAUCAUGCUCAACAUCAACAGUUUAAAGAAAAAUCUUUUUUAACCAAACCUAAAUGUGCACUUCCUAGUAGAAUAAACAAAAAAACAUCUGCUAAUUCAACUGUAGUACAACAACAAGAACUCACCAUGAUUGAUGAUGAGUCAACUAAUAAACGUGUAAAACAAUCCUCAUUGACAAACCGUUCUAAUACAUUAGCAAAAAAGAAAUAUAAUAACAAUAAAAACACAAAUAUACACAACAAAUCAAUAAUUACUAAUCAACCAUCUAAUAAGAAACUAAAACCUACCGCUUCAUCUUCAUAUGGAAAUAAAAUGUCAGAUAAUCAAGACGCAGAUUAUAGCGGUAGUUAUGAAGGUGUUUCAAAUUCGAAUUCUUCUCAUUCUCAGUCGUCUGGAGCGUCAAGUUUAGAACCAGAUUCAACAUUAUCUGAAAGUUUAUCCCCUACAAAACAUCAUUAUACUUUUAAACAUUCCAUAUCAGAUCAGAAAAAUACAACUAAUAAUAAUAGUAGUAACAGUAUACAUAAUCAAUCGUCUAAAGUGUUCAUCAUUCCUGAAAUGUGUUGUUCACCACGAUAUACAUCGCCUAGUGAAAUAAAGAAUUCUUCAAAUUCAUCUGUUGUAUUUAAAGAUUCCAAUUCUAUAUCAUCCACUUCUAUGCAUACUUGUUCAAAUAGUCCAGUUUGCACAGUCAAUUCAUGUAAUAUUGUUCUGUCAGAUGUACGAUUAUCAUCCCCUCUUCAAGCUACAUCAUCUUUCAAUUCCAUUAAUAAUAAUAAUAAUAAUAGUAAUAUUAACAUCCCUAGUGUUCAUGUCAAUAGUUCAACUUCUUUUACACCUUGUCAUUCAGCGAAUCUUAAUUCAAUUACACUUUCACCACCUAUUAGUGGUCAUAAUUUUAACAAAAAAUCUCAUCUAAUUCCAUUAACUACCCAAUUUAUUGAAUCACAUCUACCAUCACCUUCAAAUUAUACAAUUGGAAAAAAUCAUACUAGUGGAUUAUUUAGUCAUAAUAAUCAAACAUUUACAUCAAAUAUUUAUAAUCCAAAUCGUUCAUUAAUGAAUAUUAGGCCUAGUUUAUUAACUGUUCCACAGAAACCAUCUCUUCAGGUACGUUUUGCACCUCCUAUUCGUGUAAACCCAUAUAAUAAUAAUAAUAGUAAUACUACUAAUAGUAAUAAAAGAAUAUUGUUUAAUUCAUCAUUAGGAAGUCCAAUUUUCAAUCAUUCAAAUGUAAAUCAAAGUUCUACAAUUGAUAGUAUUGUAUCACCAAAUCUAUUACGUAAACAAUAUUAUUAUUAUGAAUAAUAAUAAUAAUAAUAAUAAU